GCGUAUGGUUGGCCUGUAUCCCCUUGAGAGACCAUCGUGUACAUGCGCUCCUUUCCCGUCUUGUCGCGUCCACCACUGGCUUGGUUUCCCCAAUAAAGUUCACUUUGCUCUUAAGUUCGGCGUCACCAUGCCUAAUCAGAUUAAUUGUGGCGUUGCAAUACGCCAAGCCGCGACCGCGACAGUCCACCUUCCUAUAGCACCAUGCGCACGCGCCUCCACAACCUCCAGCGUCCGCUCAAGGCAAUACGCUGCGCCGCCAAGGCCAAAGCGGCGGCGUCCGCCAAGCAAGCCGAGGCCCAGGCCUGCGAGCGCCUCCAGGCCACGAAGAACGCGCUGAUGAUGCGCUUCACCAACGAAAACUCGUAUCUGAACUGGGCGCGUAAUGGCGUGCUCUCGUCUGGCGUCGGCGUGGCCAUGUAUGCCCAAGAGCACCACCGCGGCGCGCACCUGAGCGGCGCCGGGCUCUUGCUGCUUGGCUUUGGCUACAUUGGUGUCGGGUCGCUCAAGUACAUUCACUACGUGCUCCGGUACCGCACGCUCAUGGAGAUGACGUGGCCGAGUGUCAUUGCUACGUGCUCCCAUGCGUCGAUCGCGCUCGGGAUUUGGCUCACGGCGACGGCGUCGUUCCUGGAGUCGAUUCCGCUGGACGUGGAUGUCCUGCUGCUGGAAGAGCCUUUCAUUUCGUACUUGCCCAAUCGCAUUGCCCAAGGCUUGAUCGAGACGUACAAUCUACACCAAGACUUAUACGACGACGACGCGGUCGUGCGGCCGGGCUCGCAUUAGCCGACGCCUUGUCUCUAGUACCGCAUCGUCUAACCACCUCUAUCUACGCGUGGUGCCAAUAUACAAAAGUUUGCUCCUUC